UCAGUUGGGUAAAACAAUCGUAGAAACCGGUCGCCUGUUCCCAGGUCUUUUCCAAAAGCCAAAAAAUAAUUUCCCAAAAUUAGAAAACACGUCUCCAGGAACAUACACCAGCCACAACGACAAGCCUGACUGAUCCCCAUUAGGUGGACAUCUCCUAAACUCUGUUAAUAACCACACAAUCACGACAAUUCAUUCACCCGACUGCAUCGGACGCUCAACAAGCUCUUAAAACACCCCACAACAUCAGCCAAUUCCCAACACCGACUCCCGAUCCUCUGAUAAAUCGUAAACAAUGUCGGGGAUGAGUGAUACGAAGGUGCUCACCAGCGCUAUUGUCCCCUCGUACAUCUCAAACGGUUAUUAUGGUUAUGUUGCACCAAUCCGUGAUUUUACCGAUUGUGGAAGUGGUUCACGAGCUGAAAAUACAAGUGUUUGUGGCCAGAAUUAUCACAUCUCCAACGAGUCGAGUCUGACGACAACAGAAGGAUUGGAGAGAUCUGUGCACUAUCAGGGGAAUUAUUACAGUACCAUGAGCAUGGAUAUGGAGACUGAUGAGCUUGGUAUGGGCAUGUGCUGCCAAAAUAACCAUUACGUGAUUCCAGAGAUGCCGAGUGGCGGGAAGGUGCUGGGUGGUAAUGAAGGCAUGUGUUUUCAUCGUCCCAGUCGUAAACGCAACUCUGAGCAGUGGGGAGGGACCGACAGAGGGGGAGUUGGCUUCAAGAGGCUCAAAGCAGGCAGUGGUAACAGCCGCGUUGACCAUGGCCCCACAGUGCCAGGAUCACCCCAGAUGCACAAUGGCAUGUCACCACUUUUUAUGACUCCCCAACCACUGACACUGACGUGCCACUCGAUUCUGGCCAACGAUUGCUGCACAGGAGCAGCAGGUAAACCUCAUAAUUGUCAUUUCGUUAAUAAUGAAAUUAUUGAUUGUGAGAGAGUGAGCGAUAGGUGCACCAGUGCACACCAGCUGCAUGAGACAAUGCUCCUGGAGACACAUGGCUGCUCGGUGUAUCAUCAUCAACGCCAGCAGCUCAUUGACAAUGGUACUGUUGAGACUGAAUUCUGAUUGUCUCGUUCAUUAGUUUAAGUGACUUUCUUUUGAAUAUUACCUGCGUGCUGAGAGGCAUUUAUUGUUAGUUAAAUGAACAUUGUACUUUAAAUAAAUAUUUACUUUUCUACGAA